CUCUCUCCCACCAUUGAAUCUCUCUCUCUCUCUCUCUCCCGAACGAAGAGCAAAACCAAGAAGAAUCAUUUUUAGAGGCCAAAAAGAGAAAAGAAAGUGUGAAGGAAUUGAUGGAGGGAUUGAUCCCAUUUGUGUACAGGGCAAUUGUGCAGUACAGGAAUGGGAACCAAGGGCUGCUCGCCACAUGGUUCCCCGAAUCGCCGUCUGCCUCAUACAUGAGGCUCCCGGGUGAUUCGGGCCGGCUUCAAGCCUCGGAUAUCCAUCUCUUCCGGCCCGAUUGCAGCUUCAACGACCCGACAUCGACGCCACCUCCAACAGCAACCGGCACGGCUGCAACGGCGACGGUGACAACUUCAACCACACAAGUGAUCGUGUCAUCCGGCGUUCAAUCCCCGAUUUAUCGUUUAAGUACCCGCCGCAUCGUCGCUUGAAAGAACGAAAGAAAAACUUCAUGCGAUAUCGAAGAUGGUGCAAGACAAGUGUGGGGUAUGCAUGGUAGGGUUGUCAAGAAAUUUGUGCAUAGUGUCUUUGGUAUGGUUUGGUGAUUUUUUUCCUUUUUGUAUUUUGUGUCAUAAGCUAAGUUUGUGGAAACCAAAGGGGCCACAUGCUUAGUUGCUUCCUGUUGUUCUCGUAACUAAUGUGGAACGUGAAGGUCAUCAAAGACGAUAAAAAGUAAAAGGAAGACAGAAACAUAAGGCUUGUUGAUACAACUCCUAAGGUUCGAGGAAAAAGGUUUGUACUAUGGCCAAAGGGCCAGCAUGUUACAUGUGACCACUCAAGUAUCUAUAAUGAUAGCUAUCCUUAUUGUCUUG